GAACUUCCACGUGUGGAAUGACUGCUGGAUGAAGCGGCCGGACCUCCCCGACGGCUACGACGGCUGGCAGGUGGUGGACGCCACGCCGCAGGAGACCAGCAGCGGGCUGUUCUGCUGCGGUCCCUGCUCGCUCAAGGCCGUGAAGAACGGGGAGGUUUUCCUCAAGUACGACACGCCCUUCGUCUUCGCCGAGGUGAACAGCGACAAGGUGUACUGGCAGCGCCAGCCCCACGGGGGCUUCGCCGUGGUGCACGUGGAGGAGGGGGCGAUCGGCCGCAGGAUCAGCACCCUGGGGGCCGGCUCUGCGGCCAGAGUGGACAUCACUGACCAGUACAAACACCCCGAGGGUGAGUGGGAGUGA